CUGUUGUAUGUGUGCACAUUGCUGCUAUACACAUACGUACUACAAAUACUGAUUCAUGUGUUAAACACGUGCAGUUUUCCAACAGCUAUCGGGGGACUGGUUCCUUUGCUUUUUAGAAAAUAAUUUUUAAGGAGUUUAACACUUGUACAGCAGGUUAUAGCGCGACACCAUGCAGCUAUCCCAAUAACUUGUCCUCACACCCUAUUAGAGACUGUAGUAUGCACAGCCCACUCCGAGUCAAAAUACAAAAUGCUUUAAACAAAGCUUUCCAGCUGGAAAAAACAGAUGUACUGUUUGUUGGUGGCAGAAGACGGAACCGGAAAAGAAGAAAACAUGCAAAAGACAAAAAGAAAUCGAAGAAGUAUGAAGGAAAAGAAACACCAGUACUAAAGGCCAAAACAUACAAUGGAAAUAAAGGCAAGUACGUCGCUCUUGUUGCCGAUGAUGAUAUCUCCUUGUCUCCAAGUAUGGUCGACGAGUUGUUCUACGGGACUAACGCUGAUUCUAUCGGUAUAAACUAUGAUGAAGAUGAGGCGUCCAUAGAUGCUAUCAGUGUUAACCAAGCUGAGGCAGAUAACAAUGAAGACGAUGAAGAAAUCGCAUACAAUGACAAUGAUGAGGAAACAAGUAAUAUGCCUAAAUUAAGUUAUAUCGAAACUAGUCUUCAAGAAGAAAUGAAACUUGCAGAGAUUAAAAAUGAUGAAGAAAGACACAGUAGUUGUGAUACAGGAUAUAAUUCUGAAGAAGAACAUAGAAUAAGAACAACAUCAGACAGCAGCGAAGACGAAAUUCAACCAAACGACGACUAUGACAGCCAUCAAGAUCUUGAUUGCGAAUCUAAUGUUGAGAUACCAGAAAACAACAUGGAAGAAGAUGACGUAUUUGUCGAUGAAAAAGAGGAGGGUUUUAAUGAAAGUUUCGUUUCUGAUGAAGAUGAUAUAACACAUCAGGAAAAUAAUUUGAAUGACAAGAAUGUUGUCAUAGUUUCUAAGGAGACCGAAGCAGACUAUACUGAGUUAAAUGAGGAUCAUACAGAACUAACUGACAAGGAGGCAACAGACAUCAGAGUAGAUCCAAAUAAAAAGGGUGACUUAGAGAGAGAUGGUUGGCCUGACAAAAUGAAUGUUCCGGACAUAAUACUCGAGAAACCAAGGAUUAUUGCCAACUUUGACUAUGACGAAGAGGAAGAAGAAGAGGUCUACACAAAGCAACCCAAAUCUUGGUUUAAAAGGAAAACAGAAGAGGAUGAAGAAUUAAGACCGCUUAUUUGCUGUGGCGAUGACAACGGAGUGGGCUUUGCAUGCUGCACAAUUCUCUAAGCUUUUCAUGUUCAUUGUUUUCAUGGAGGAUAACACAGGUUAAAACAAAAGCAGAUAUUUUUAUGUUGGAGAACCAAACCCAUUUCCGUCUACAAGUUGCCUUUAACCAUAAAAAACUAGCAAGUUGCAUACUGCAUUAUUUUGCCAAACUGAUCAAAUAAUAAAUUUCAAAAAUCUGAAAGGUAUAAGGCUGUUGCAGUAAAACAAGUUGAAGGCACGUACAAGAUGAAUGAAAUGUGUUCAAUUUUAGUUGCUUCAAAUCUACAUGUAUAUUUUUAUUUUGAGCAGUAAUAAAAAAAAAAUUCUAAUUAGGCACAAGGAACGGAAUGCCAUACAGAAACAGUUGAUAAAUUUUGAACUGAAGUCGGUCUUUUAAUUUUAUCGAAUACAGAGCAGUAACUACAUUACCGUUCUAAACACAGUAAUAAAACAGUAAUAACAAAUCGCGGAAUAAACCCUGUACUAAAAUUGGUAUUAUUUAAAUUAAAUAGAUGUGCACGUAAGCUGUGAGAAGCAUACUGUAAACUGAAAUAACUUUGCUUACUUCAGGGAGUGAUUUUUAACCUUUUGAUCAGUUUUAUUAACUAAUGGAAUAUGCAUGAAACUGAUGAAAUUUUUAUAGCAAAAUGUAACUUAAAGUGGAAAAGGGUUACCUAAAACUUAAAAUGUUAUCUUCGGAAGUAUAACACAUGGAAUGGAAAUUUAUCCAAAUUUAUAACGAAACAGACAUUAGGGAAGCAUGAGGUGUAAAUUAUUAGCAUUCCAAAAUGUAUAGAAAUGCAGUUUUUCUGUGAGAUCCUCCUUCAUGUCCCUACUAGAAGGUAACCAAACACUGCUUUGCUUCUUAGAUCUAUUCAUAAACUAUCAAAGGUUAGAACGUCUUUGUCAAUGAUGACUACAUGAUAUUCAUGUAAAAUGCAACUGAAGAAAAAGUUUCCUAAAGUUAUUAUAAAGUAUUUUAAAGUUGGCAUUAUAUAUAUGUGCAAGUAUUUAUAGUAAUCUGAUGUUCCAUGAAAAAAAAUCAGUCCUAGAUCGUUUUUCGUCUUAAAUUUAUUCAUAGUAAUUAAAAAUACUUCAUACAAUUAAUUAUAAUAAAAUCUGUGAUGUAGCCAACAUGUCUUCAUUCAACAUUUGAAUGUUUACGCAAAAUAAGUCACAAGAUCCAGACGAGUUUGUCCUAUAUACUUGAUGUUCUUAUCAAAUAAAUAUGUGGGACAAACUCGUCUAGCCCUUGUGAUGGAAACUUAAAUGUAAUAAAAAGGUACCGAAUCUUGUCGGUCAAAUUCUGAAACCUUCACAGACGCAUAUCAUUUUCUAGACCCUCUUGAAUCUUGUUCAUCAAAAACCAACAUAAACACUGGCUUAGUAUCAUACAGCAAAUCAGAUGUAAAGUUUCGGAUAAUUUUUAAACUCAAGUUUAAGAGAAAAAUUUCUUAGUAAGAAAUGUCUUUAAAAGAAAAUUAAAGAUUUUGUUCAUCUAAUUUUGUUGAUUUGUAAAUUUUUGGAUAUUUCGAAAAGUUGAAGCCAGUGUUUAUGGCUACAAAAAACCACUUAAAACCAUAUACUAGACAAGUACAAAUAGAUGUUAUAAAGAUAUAACAGAUAUUUUAUAUUUAAAAAAAAAUUUAAAAAAAAGUGCAACAUAAAAGAAACAAAUAAUAUAAAAAUUUGUAAAAUAUAGUAAAAAGAUUAGAAAAAAACGCUGAUGUAUUUAUGUAUUUUAAUCCUAUGUAAGUCAGUAUGAUAUGAAUUACCAAUAUUACUUGUGUAGCCACAUAAAGGGAUGUUGAUAGAGCUAGAAAAGUUUCAUUUUUUGUUGUUACAACCAUGCAUGUAUGAUUACUCUUGACAAGGUUUUUCUCAUUUAUGCCUUUCCAAAAGUGACUGCAAGGGUAGAAAUAAAUUAGAUAUAUAUUUUCAUAUUCGUAUCUUUUGCUUCAAUGCAAGUUAUUUUCAAAAUAAAAUGACACGUUCAAUAAUAGUUUAAAUAAUUUAGUAAAGACAUUUUAAUUUUGUAUCUUUGGGUGGGGGGGGGGGGUGUUAUGGUUUUUUUGUCUGAGUCAGACAAAUCAAUCAAAUUACUUUUUUCAAAAUUUAACACUAUAAGGCAUGGGUAAAAUCUGGUUUCAGAAUAUUUCUUUUUUGUCGUCUGCUUGACCACAAUAUUUUUUUUCAUCAAAUUGGGGAUCAGAAUAUUUUUUUAGGAAAAAACCAUAACCCCCCUUGAAGUUAAAUGAUCGUCCCCUAACUGAUGUGGCUUUUAAUUAUAAUGUAUAAAACAUUGAUUUUUCAGAAGAUUUUAAAUUGUUUCUAUUUAUUUACCUAGUCAUUCAAUGAAAUCUUAGUUCAGCCCGAUGAUAAAUGAAUGAAGUUAAGCUUAGAAAUGAAUGAAAUAGGUAGAUAUUUAGAUACUUCCCUCAACAUUAUAAUAACUUGUGAGAAAGCGUACUACUCAUAUCUACAUGUGUGUUUAUUUAUUCUUCUUGACUAUUCUUUGAUAUACUGAUUGUAAUGUUUUUACAUGUAUUUUUUCUACUGAAUAAAACUGUUUUCAUGCUUAAUAA